AUGUCUAGACAACCCCGCGGCCAGGGGGCCUCCGCGCCUUCAACUUCCCGUCAAAACGAAUACUUCGUUCCCCGCGAUGGCAUCGACCGCGAAGUCAUCUCGGCCGACAUCUGCCGCUACCUGGGCAACGAUGCCCUGGUACGGCCUGGCCAGUAUGAGGUGCGUCUCAACUUCAUUACGGCGUCAAAUUGGGCCGUUGCUGCUCCAGCGCUGAACCCCCAGACUGGCCAAGUCGUGCAAGGCUACUACAUCACUGGCUAUCGAAACCUGACGACGGCCAUGAUUGAAGACCUCAAAGCCGACUCUGCGCGCUGGGACGCCGAGAGGCGUGCGCAGACGUCCCGCAAUACCCCAGGAGGCCAAUAUCGUAUGUCCGAGACGCACCAGUCUCGCCAGAACCGUGGUCCAACCGAAGGUCACUAUCCACCGGAUGGAUAUGGCCACGACGGACCUCGAUACCCCGGAACUGGCGCCCCUGGCUACACUGGAGCGUCCCCCUCAUACGCACAACCUAGCUAUGGCGGCCCCGGCGGUGCUUACGGCUACGGGCAGUCCCCUCCGCCAGACCCAAGGUAUUCGGGAUCGUACUCGCAGGGCGGCCAGCCUCCUAUGGACGGGUUCGAUGAUCGUGCUUACAUCCACACGGGCGCCAACCUCAACCGGACCGGUGCCCCGCCCCAGCCUACCUAUGUCACAGCCCCCCCAAUGCAGCCGGGAUAUCAAUCUGCUCCUUACAAUUAUCAGUCGCAGGUGCCUACUACGAACGGGCCAUCGUACUCGAGUAUGCAGGCUCCCGACUCAUCCUUCAGUCGAGCAACCCAGGUCCCCCCCGCAGGAUACUCCCAAGGACAGUAUGCAGAAGUCUCCAGUGGUCGUACCUCUGUGGCCCCCCCUUCCGCACCCACUCCAUCAAACAGCUCCUCCAAGCGACGUAGUGACCGAGAUGACGACAGGCACACCCCAUCUGACCGUCACCACCGGCAACCUCGUCGGUAA